AGCUCAUAGCACUUUUGUCUGCAGAGAUCACCAGUGGGAUUUUUGUGUUAGCAGAAAACAGUUAUUGACAUCAUGAAAUUGAGAUUUAUCAUCGUAAUUGGAGUAACUUUUUUUUCCAGUGCUUUACCAUUAAUUUUAAUGAUGUUUAGAAUGUCUGGUCCAAUCAAGAACAUUGGUUUUGGUCACUUUGCAUAUUUUGGGACUGAAACUCCUUUCACACUUCCUCUAUCCAGAGAAUCAGUAACUCUCACUGAUGGGACGUAUAUGUACCACCUGAACCAUUCUCAGUUUGAGUAUGAGUUCCCUUAUCUGCAGAGAUACCAGUGCUCCUUUAUACUUACCCCAUGGACAGAGUCAAAAAAGGACAUCCACUCAAUGCUGAUACUGGCUAUAAAAUCCCACCCACAGUCUGGAAGUCGCAGGGAAGUCUUAAGACGUACAUGGGCUAGAGAGGAGGAAUUUGAUGGCUACAUAAUCAGACCAAUCUUCCUAAUUGGGCAAACAGAUGUGUCUGGGCAAAUGGAAAUAGUAAAAAAGGAAAGUCAGGAGUUUGGAGACAUUCUACAAUGGGACAUUUAUGAAGAACAUCACAACUUGUCCCUAAAAGAAUUCUGUUUCCUUGACUAUCUUUAUCAUCAAAUUCCUGAAGUAACAUUUAUAUUCAAAGGUGAUGACGAUGUAUAUGUGAACCCAUCUGGCAUAAUACAGUACAUAAUAAAACAUGGCUCCUCCCCACAAACACUUCAUGGUGCCCUGCAGCGCCACUCUGUUGUAAUGCGCACCAGCAAAUACCAAAUCUCCAAAGCAAUUUUCCCCAAUAAUAAAUACCCUUACUUCCUCUCUGGGGGUGGAUUUAUUUACCCUGGAGCCACAGUAAAAGUCCUGUAUGAGAAAUCCAAAAAGAUACCUGUAUUUCCAUUGGAUGAUGUGUAUUUUGGUUUCCUGGCUCUAGCUGCUAAUUUAACCUAUCGUCACGACAAACGGUUUCAUGUGUUUGGACUAAAAUAUGAUGCGUGUAAUUACCAGCGUGCACUAGUAGUACACAACAUCGAUCCAAAUCAAUUACAGAAAAUGUGGUUAGAAAUAAAAAGCACGACAUGCAAGGACAUAAACACAGACAGGUGACAUAAUGACAUUAAUGGAGAUAAGUUGUGCACUGCAGCUGAAAAACUGUUAGAGAAUAAAUAUGGGUGGGAAAUCACUUUUAAAUGGCUGAUAUAGUCCAAGCAUUAGAAUGAUUAAAUUCACUGGCCUUAUGCUCUGUAUAUUAGCUUUGAUUAUAUUGUUAUGUGUACCAUAAUGCCCUAAAACAGGGACAUGACAAAGUAAAUGUUACAUUGAGUGAACAACAUUAUUUUUUUUUUAAAAGUGUUGAAAAUAAUGUAUUUAAAGGGACAGUCUACUCCAGAAUUGUUAUUGUUUAAAAAGAUAGAUAAUCCAUUUAUUACCCAUUCCGCAGUUUUGCAUAACCAGCAUGGUUAUAUUAAUAUACUUUUUACCUCUGUGAUUACCUGUAUUUAAGCCUCUGCAGACUGACCCUAAUCUCAGUGCUAUUUACAGACUUGCAUUUUAGCCAAUCAGUGCUGAUUCAUUCCUAACGCCACAGCAGUAAGUACAGUGUUAUCUAUAUGACCCACAUUACCUACUAGCACUGUCUUGCUAUGAAAAGCUAAUAAAAUGCACUGAGAUAAAGACGGCCUGCAGGGGCUUAGAAACAGAGUUUUAAAGGUUAUAAAGUAUAUUGAUAUAACAAUGUUGGGUCGUGCAAAGCUUGGGAAUGUGUUGUAAAAGUGACCUAUCUUUUUAAACAACAUUUUUAAAGUGUAGACUGUCCCUUUGAGUUGAAAGGAGGUUAGAUAUUGCAAAGGGAAAAAAUAUGACUUUAAGCAAGUGUAUUUUAAAGAGUAUUAGUUUUUUAAUGGAUAUUCCUAUGCUUCAAUUUUUUAUGCUUGUCAUAUCUACCAAUAGAGGUUUAGCGAGGUUUCCUUUUAACCACUGAGCUCUAUCUUAUGGACCACCUGUGCUUAAAGGACAUUAAACACUUUGAGACAGUAAUAUAAAAUGAUAAAUCCUGUGUGUGUGUAUAUAUAUAUAUAUAUAUAUAUAUAUAUAUAUAUAUAUAUAUACAUACAGUAUAUAAAUCUGCAAUAUACUUUAAUUAUUUAUUUUGUCCCCUUUUACUUCAAUACCAUUCUGAAAUUGUGAGCAUUUCAGUUCCUGUUAGAAAUGGAAGUGCAGAACACUGUUAUAUUCCACACAGCCAUUGGCUGCACACUCUAGUGACCUAUUUAUAACUGUCCCUAAUUGGCCACAGCAGAGAAGUCACAACAUGGCAACUCCCAUUGUUUUAUAGACACUAAGGGGCCUAUUUAACAAAGGUCUGUCGGACCUGAUCCGAAUCAGGUCCGACAGACCUCGCUGAAUGCGGAGAGCAAUACGCUCUCCGUAUUCAGCAUUGCACCAGCAGCUCUUGUGAGCUGCUGGUGCAACGCCGUCCCCUGUAGAUUCGCGGCCAAUCGGCCGCUAACAGUGGGUGUAAAUCAACCCGAUCGUACUCGAUCAGGUUGAAUUGCGUUGAUGUCUGUACGCCUGCUCAGAUAAGGCGGACAGGUUAUGGAGCAGCGGUCUUUAGACCACUGCUUCAUAACUGGUGUUUCUGGCGAGCCUUAUUUUGUCACUAUUUAAACAGCUAAUUAAACUUAAAAAUACAUCUACAUGUUCAGUACUCAGACUAAUCUUUUCUUUGAAUGCAUCAUUCUAUCUAGCGCAUUUAUUUAGUGUUUAAUGUCCCUUUAAUAUUCACUUACAAUCACAAUAAAUACUCAAUAUUAGUUUCCUAUAAAAAUAUUAUUAAUAUGCUUAAAGUGAUGGUAAACUCUCCCCUCUUUAAAAUUAGAUCCGGACAGUUAGUGAUAUUUUAAUUGGAAUUUCAUUGAUCAGUUGUGCUAUAACUUACUUUUUAAUAUACCGGUAGAUAUGAAAUACCCCACCCACUAUAAAAGUCAGUUUUUCUGUGAGCUAAAGGUUUCAACUGUUCUUCAAUCAGCGUUCAAGCUACAACGGAAGUAUCAUAUGGGGAGACGCUGAUAAGAGAACAAUACAAGCCGUUAGUCCACAGAAAAAAAAUAUUUUUGAAGGGGAGAGUUUACUUUCACUUUAAAUAUUACUCUGUUUUAGGCAGGAUGUAUUUAUUUUAAGUUUUUUUUAAAUUAAUUUUUUAUUCAUCAAUAACAAGGAAAACACGGACACAAUAACAUUUUCCAAAUUGUAAAUACAAAAUUCGAGUUAACAAGAAGAUUAUACAACUGUCAUCAUAUCUUCUAGAUCAGUAAAUUUUAUCCGGACAUGUCCUGGACCCUGUAGUGUGUAUAUAUAUAUAUAUAUAUAUAUAUAUAAGAUAUAUAUACAGUAUAUAUGUGUGUGUGUAUAUAUAUAUAUAUAUAUAUAUAUAUAUAUAUAUAUAUAUACUGUAUGUAUAUAUAUAUAUAUAUUUAUAUAAUGCAGUGGUGUAAGUAAGUGGGAGAAGAAAAUAUAUACAUUCAUUGGUGUCAGUGGGCUGGUAUCAGUUAACUGCGGUGCCCAGGUCCAGUCCUAUCUGCCCCUUGUCCCGUGCUUUCCUCCCACUGAACUGCUGCUAUAUGUGCACAGUGCACAUGCACGUGUGCACUGGCACUCUGACAGGCCUGCCCAGUAUUUUUUAUGUGUGGAGCGGCAGGCCUGUCACAGCUCGCAGUGGGGGCAUUUCAGGUUGUGGCUCACCAGGAAGGCUGUCAAGGCCCGGUACUGGGCUGUGGCCCAGCUGUUGAGAAACCAGGUUCUAGAUACUUUCUCCAUAAAAGAAUUAAUUGACAUAAACAUCAUAAACUUUGAAAUGACUCUUUAUAAGUCCGAUGGGAAUACUCCGGGAUGUCUCUGGAGACAAAACAUACAGUUAUACCAAGCGAUGAGUUUGGCAGCAUGCGAACAUCAAGGUUUCAAUAAAAAAAUGUAACUUGUAAACUGAACUAAAUAAACAUUUCUAUAAAACAA